UCCCGGGAGGAGGUCGUCAUGGAGACGGGCUCAGCCCGUGCCCACCAAGAAGACAUAGUACCAGGAUAAGGCCCUUUAGGUGCCAGGGGGGAAGGGAAGGAAGGGACUGGCUUCUGGCCCGACUGCUUUGAAACUAGACGAAGAAGAGGGAUGGGAAUGGAAAAUCUAUAGAAAUAUGAGUUGUUAUUCAGGCUUCCAUUUCUCUAGCACCUUAGUUUAUAAAGCCUCCACAAUCCCGUGAGAUAGGGAAACAACUUGGAAAAGAGAUGUGGAUUGUCCAGCGUCACAAUGAUAAGGGAACUGAGGCAGAGGCAAAAACAAUUGCCUAUAAUCUUUUCACUACUGAAUGACAGCUACUGUACUGUCUAGCAUUCUUCCGACUAUUCAACAUUGGCCUCAUUUCAUGAAAUAUGUCUGGUCAUGGCUGAGGAUCCUCCUGCACCGCAGGCAGGAAGAUGGUGGCCGCAAAGAAGAUGAAAAAGUCGCUGGAGUCUAUCAACUUGAGGCUCCAGCUGGUCAUGAAAAGCGGCAAAUACGUGCUAGGCUACAAACAGACCCUGAAAAUGAUCAGACAAGGCAAAGCCAAAUUGGUCAUCUUGGCCAACAACUGCCCAGCCUUGAGGAAAUCAGAGAUUGAAUAUUACGCUAUGUUGGCCAAAACUGGCGUACAUCACUACAGUGGCAACAACAUUGAAUUGGGUACAGCAUGUGGGAAGUACUACAGAGUUUGUAUACUGGCUAUCAUUGAUCCAGGUGAUUCUGAUAUCAUUAGAAGCAUGCCAGAACAGACCAGUGAAAAGUAAACUGUACAAAAGUAUUCUUUAAUAAACUGGCCAAAGCUUGUUUAAAAACAAAAAACAAAAAAAACCUCUAGGGGCAGCUAGGUGGUGAUGUGGAUAAAGCACUACC